UUGCCUCUUCUAGAUAACGGCCUUGAUCACUCUAUUGGAAAGCUUAAAGCUACCGCCCACCUUGACACUAUCGAACUAUUUCGGCAGAUACCUGAUUAUCUAGCUCAUCCUAUACAGACUAUAAACCAUCCUGCUUCAGAAGAAGUCACUGACUCCGGCUCGGAUGCCUGCACUAAGAAGGCUGCUAUAUCUGACAUAACUUCUCACGAGUGCUCUAAUCUCUUGACGGCUAAGCUAGCAAAGCCCGUAUUUAUGUCAAAAUCCCGUGAUGAACAUUGGGUUGGCAGCAUCGCUUCUCAGAGCGAUUUCUCUUCUACUUGCGAUCAAUCCGGUGUCAAACUCGCUGCUCCACUCACAGCCACUAUCUGUGCUGCUGGAGUAUCUCUUACGAGGAAGCGCUCACUUAAUUCUGAUACCCACAGUGGGUUUUUUUGA